AUGUGGAUGAGAUAUUCAAAAUGGAUCCUAUCAUCAUCAAAAAAUUCAUCAUUACCAUAUUUUCGAUUAAUUCAACAGUUUCGUACACAAAUUUCACGUAAUUCAUUGCAACCAAAACCACGUCGUUCAAUAAAAAAUUUUGAUGAAUCGAAUAUUUUACGUGUUGAACCUCAAACAGAAAUACAUCGAAGUCAUCUUCUUAUUCGACCGACAAUUUUUACUGUUGGUUUUGUAGGCUGUUCAUUUGUAACAUGUGCUAUUUGGCAAUAUGAAUCUCAUAGAAAUAAAUUACGAAAAAUAAAAGAACGUUGGCAAUUAAAAGAAAAACCUCAACAAAUAUCAUCACAAUUGAAAAAUAUUUGGCGUGAUAUUUCGGAAUCCAAACGAGUGAUUGGAACCAUAAUUGGCUUGAAUUUAAUUGUUUUUCUUGCAUGGAGAGUGAAAAGAUUUGAACCAUUUUUAUUAAAAUAUUUUACAUCAAGUCCUUAUAAACCAAAUGUUAGUUCAAUGUUAUUAUCAACAUUUAGUCAUUAUAAUGGAAUACAUUUUUUUUGUAAUAUGUAUGUUUUAUGGUCAUUUAGUGAUCCAGUUAUAAGAAUUUUUGGAAAAGAACAAUUUUUUGCUGUUUUUCUCUCUGGUGGUGUCAUUUCUUCUUGGUUAAGUUAUGUAUUCAAAAUAGUGACACGAACACCAAAUAUUUCUCUAGGAGCAUCUGGCUCAAUAAUGGCAUUAUUGGGUGCCAUUUGUACUCAAUUUCCUGAUGCACAAUUAGCCAUAAUAUUUCUUCCUUUCUUUACUUUCUCAGCUAAAUCAGCUCUUAUAUCGAUGGUGUCCUUUGAUCUUUUUGGUACAAUAAUGCGUUGGCGUUUUCUGGAUCAUUCAGCACAUCUAGGUGGAGUAUUGUUCGGCAUUUUCUAUGUUAAAUAUGGUUAUAAACUAAUGUGGGAAUCAUUAACAUCAGUUGUUCAACGUUGGCAUCAAUUGCGAGAAAAAUUUAAAUAA